UCUUGAGCAUUUUCAUCGAUAAAGUUCCGGUUUGUUCUUCCUUUCGUUUUGGUACUAUUCAUAUGAAUCGUCUGAGAGCCGUCGUCUGGUAGUGGUCUGUUCGUUUUAGGCUUAGACGUCAUGGAUAGAACUGAGUUUUACUUCGUUGAAAAAAAAAUUAAAUCACACCGUGAACCGGAUGCAACAUUAUAUAACCGACGGCUUUGGCAGGCUCAAUGAUCGUCUCGUGUGGUUGUGUUGUAGAAAAAUGGCUCCAAUUUGUUUGGUGUUUAUAGAAAAUGUUGACUUUUCAUUGUGGCGUGUACUUGACACUGCCACUACCGAUGUAGGGUGGUCGAAAACUGCUCUAUUCGCUGCUUCGCUGAGUGGUUUGGUCCGCUGUUCGCCGGCCAUGGUAACAAUUAAUAAUUCACUCUUUUUCUGCAUGGUUGUUUGGGGUUUCAUGGUCAGUUUUGGAAAUUUUUACUGGUCGAUGCCUUCUCUAUGGCAACCGUGACUGAUUAGCCAACUGUUGGGAGGAAAUUCCGUUUGAUGUAGGAAGAGCAGUACAUGGAUGAGAUGGUGAGAUUUCAGGGUUCGUAGUAGGCCGUAAUCGGAGCGUAUCGUAAGCAUUGACAGGUUGUCUGUUUUGUUGAUCAUAGAUCGAAGUGCAAUGAUGCGAUGUGCUUCAAUCUGCUUUCAUUGUAUGUUGUCAAAUUUAAAAAAAGACCGCAAGGAGAAAAUAUCCAAUGGGCACACAACUGAAUAUACCGAGCUUGGAGCAAAUUAUGACACAGCAACGAAAAAGAUGCUCGAAUGGUCGUGCCGCCUAUUGGUUUUGUUGUGCAUUCAGGGAGCAUGCGCGCAGCAGCAGGCAUUCGGCAAACAGCUUAAAUGGGUAUCGCAGUGGAAAUCGCUGGAUUUCGUUUUUUCGUCCCCUAAGGAACGAGCAGAUGCACUCGCAUCCGGCAGGUUUAUUCCGGAAAAUUGCGUCCCAUUGGACAUGGAUGUCGAUUACAACAGCAGUCCGCUGCGAUCUCGAAUUUUCGUGACGGUGCCACGGUUCAUCGAAGGAAUUCCGGUGACACUCGGUACCAUCUCGUCACAGCAAGGAGCCAGUGGACCAUUGAUUGAGCCAUAUCCAAAUGCCCAUAUUCAGUCCAAUCCGGAGGACAGGAGGUGUAACGGGAUCGUGUCGGUGUUCAGGACUAUGAUUGACGAGUGUAAUCGGCUGUGGAUUGUGGAUACUGGCAAGAUCGGAGAUCGUCGUAUUUGUUUGCCAAAAAUUAUAGCUUUCGACCUCCGAAGUAAUCAAAUCAUUCAUCAGUAUGAAAUCCCAGCGGCACAGCUUGUCUGUGAUGUCUCGCUUCUAGUCAAUAUUCUGGUUGAAGUUCGCGAUCCUCCUCCAGUGGGAACGUGCUCCAGAACCAUGGCUUACGUAGCUGAUGUUACCGGUUUUGGCUUGAUAGUUUACGACAUGUCACGAGGCAAAUCCUGGCGGGUGACGAAUAAACUCAUGAACCCCAACCCAGACUAUGGCACAUUCACAAUCGCUGACGAUAGCUUCGACCUCAUGGAUGGUGUGCUGACUAUGGCUCUCAGUCCACGUGGUCCACCGUCCACAGAUUUCACCUUCAAUUCAGCUUAUCGCAGCUCACGAGUUUACAGCUCCGCUCUGCAGAACGAUCGGUUGCUGUUCUUCCAUGCGCUGGCGUCGAUUUCGGAGAAUGCCGUUCGCACAUCGGUUCUGCAAAACGAUACCAUGUGGGAACAGGACGUUGGUGCGAUGCCACGUGCUUUCCGGGUGAUUGGAAGGCGAACAUCGCAGAGUGCUCCGGAAGCCAUGGAUAGCAAUGGCAACUUGUUCUUCGGUUUGCUGAGCCAGAUGGCGAUCGCAUGCUGGGACUCGACUACGAACUACAACCCGCACAACUUUAGGAUAGUUGCGCAAAAUCUGGAAACACUACAGUUCCCCAGCGGAUUGAAGGUUAUCCGCAACCGGAAGGGGUUGGAGGAAUUAUGGGUGCUGACGUGCCGGUUCCAGAAGAUUAUGACCGGUACGUUGAAUACGAACGAAACGAAUUUCCGCAUCCAGGCCAUACAGAUUCCGGAGCUGUUGGAUGGGUCGCGAUCGUGUGCGAGUAAGCAGUAAGUCGCUUGCUGUCUAGUUUCGUAAGUUUCUGUGGUAAGUGAAUGUGAGUCAAAUUAGAUUCUAAGUAUAUAUUUGGA